AUGGGUCACAGAGCCCAGUUUAGUCAGUCGUUUUCCAGACUACAGAAGAAUAAUGAACCCAGAGAUGAUAAAGAAACCAGUGAGAAGAAAGAAGAAAGUAAGAGAACAGAGGAGCCAAGGGAACAAAAACUGAAAGAGCAUGAAGAUCCCGAGACGAGAAGAAACAAGGAGGAGGAGAAGAAGUUCAGAGAAGAGUUGCGCCAGAAGCAGGAAUCUUCGAAGAAGCAAAAGGGCAGGGAUGCGUCGAUCUUCAGCAGAGAGGGUCUUACAUUGAUCCUUAUCUGUGGUCUUUUCACUAUUCCUUUGACGUUCUGGGCUACCCUCUCACAGACGGCGAACCGUGAUGAACUCUCCUUCCAAGCUUUCAAGACUCGUUACCUAGAGAAGGGUCUUGUGACGAAACUUACGGUCAUUAACCGUUUUGCUGUGGAGGCUGAAUUAGUUCAAGGUGCUUUCUCUGAUGAAACCAUCCGUGGCCCUCAAGGCAACCCUGUCGUUGUCUUCACCAUUGGUUCCGUGGAAGUGUUUGAAGAAGAGAUGAAUGCUGCACAAGAUAAACUUGGAAUUCCUAUUGAACAGCGUCUUCCCGUAUCCUAUGUCGAGCGCGGUUCAUGGCUCAACAUGAUCAUGCCUGUCCUUCCUACUGUCCUUUUGAUUGGUGGUCUUUGGUAUAUCAGCGUACGUAAGGCCCCUCAAGGCGGUGCCGGAGGUGCCGGUGGUAUCUUUAAGAUUGGAAAAUCGAAGGCCAAGCUUUUCAACCAAGAGACUGAUGUUAAGAUUAAGUUUAAGGAUGUUGCUGGUUGCGAAGAGUCCAAAGAAGAAAUUAUGGAAUUUGUGAAGUUCCUUCAAGAUCCCGUCAAAUACGAAAAACUCGGAGCUAAGAUCCCAAGAGGUGCAAUUUUGUCCGGUCCACCAGGUACUGGUAAAACGCUUUUGGCCAAGGCUACCGCUGGUGAAGCUGGCGUUCCGUUCUUAUCUGUUUCCGGUUCUGAAUUCGUUGAGAUGUUUGUUGGUGUCGGUGCAUCCCGUGUUAGAGACUUGUUCAAGACAGCUCGUGAAAUGGCUCCUUCUAUCAUCUUCGUUGAUGAAAUUGAUGCAAUUGGUAGAGAGAGAGGUAAUGGCCGUGUUGCCGGUAACGAUGAAAGAGAAAACACUUUGAACCAGUUGCUCGUUGAGAUGGAUGGUUUUGAGGCCUCUGAUCAUGUUGUCGUUCUCGCCGGUACCAAUCGUGUUGAUAUUUUAGAUAAGGCAUUGUUGCGUCCAGGCCGUUUCGACAGACAUGUUACGAUUGAUACUCCUGACAUUGAAGGCAGAAAGGCUAUCUUCAAGGUUCACUUGAACAAGCUUACGUUGAAAUGUGUUGAAGAUAUCAGAGCCUCUCAAAGCGAUGUGGAUUUCAACAAGUAUCAACAGUUGAUUGACGAGGCAACUGACAACCUUGCUGGAAGAUUGGCUGCUUUGACCCCUGGUUUCGCUGGUGCCGACAUUGCUAACUGCUGUAAUGAAGGUGCUUUGAUUGCUGCCAGAGAGGAUGACACCGCGGUUGAUGUUCAUCAUUUUGAGCUGGCCAUUGAGAGAGUGAUUGCUGGUCUUGAGAAGAAGUCUAGAGUUUUGACACCUGAAGAGAAGAAGACUGUGGCUUAUCACGAGGCCGGCCAUGCCAUUUGUGGAUGGUUCUUGGAGUUCGCUGAUCCAUUAGUCAAGGUUUCUAUCAUUCCUAGAGGACAGGGUGCCUUGGGAUAUGCCCAGUACUUACCAAAGGAUCAAUACUUGGUUUCUGAAGAGCAGUUUAAGCAUAGAAUGAUCAUGGCUCUUGGUGGUAGAGUAAGUGAAGAAUUGCAUUUCGAGUCUGUCACCAGUGGAGCCUCCGAUGACUUCAAGAAGAUCACUCAAAUGGCUCAACUGAUGGUACUCCAGUUGGGAAUGUCCGAGAAGAUUGGAAGUAUUUACUUCGACACUGGUAACGAUCAAGGUGGCUUCAAGGUACACAACACUUACUCUGAGAAGACUGCCAAACUCAUCGAUGAGGAAGUAAAGCGCUUCAUUGAUGAAGCUUAUGAUGCUUGUAAACAACUUCUUACAGAAAAAUUAGAGUUGGUCGAUAAGGUUGCCGAGGAAGUCUUCAAGAAGGAAGUCUUGACCCGUGAGGACAUGAUUCGUUUGGUCGGUCCUCGUCCUUUCCCUGAGAGAAACGAUGCUUUUGACAAGUACAUCAAAGGAAAUGAUGUUUACAAGGGUAACCCUAAGUCCAAGUCAAAUAAGGAUGACCAAGCCCCUGAGAGCGGUGGUGAAGCUACUGCUUAA